AUGGUCAAACUGAAUACCGCUACUCUAACAGGCGUCGUCGCCCUGUGCAGCUCCGUUGCCAUUGCCCAUCCAGGCCACGAUGUCCGGAUGGAGGCAGCUGCUCACUCGGAUUUUAUCAGGAAACUCGGGUUGACUUCGCGUGGCAUGGGACACUGCUCUGAGAAACUGCAGAACCGUGGACUAGAAGCUCGGAGUAUCCAGCGUCGACAGGCUGCAGUGCACCAUAUCCAGUCGAGGCGAUCGAUCAAGAAGCGAACUUUUGAUCCUCUUCACACCGAUCACCACUCGGAUCGGCACAUUGACUUCGACACGGAUCCCUCCAAGGUAUUUUCUUCCGAUGCGUCUGUUAUUCUUGCGCCGGAUAUUCUGCAGGGACCUUUUUACGUAACUGGGGAGCUGGUCCGACGCAGCAUCCGAGAAGACCAGCCCGGCGUCCCCCUCGACCUCGACAUCCAGCUCAUCGACGUCAACACUUGCGAGCCUAUGGUUGGUGCCUAUGUGGAUGUUUGGAACUGUAAUGCAACCGGCGUCUACUCUGGCGUCGUAGGCGACGGCAACGGCAACGCAAACGACAAAGCCAACCUCAACACGCAUUUCCUGCGCGGAAUCCAACAGACAGACAGCGAUGGCGUUAUCCAGUUCGAGACUCUUUUCCCAGGAUACUACAACCACCGCGCGACGCACGUUCACGAAGCGCACGCAUCCCACGUAACAAACGUCUUCUUCGACGAGUCCCUCAAGAGCGAAAUCUACAAAACCUACCCCUACAACCAAGACCCGAAUAACUACACCACCAACGCGGACGACGUCAUGCUGCCGAAGAUUGUCGAGGCGGGCGUCGACCCUAUCAUGCAGUAUGUGUAUGUGGGUGAUAAUGUGACGGAUGGGCUGUUUGCGUGGAUUACGUUGGGGAUUAAUGCGACGGGGAAUCAGCCGGUUGAUCCGGUUGUUUAUGAUACGCAGGAUGGGGCGGUGCGGAAUCCGGUUCCGUAUAAUAAAACUUUUACGAAUUAG